CCACGUCAGCGCGGCGUCUUGUCUCUGUGCUGAGCGUGCGGAUGGGGAAGGGGAUGGGGAAGGCGGCGGUGGCGGCCUGCGGGGCUGAAUUGGGUGUGCGGAUCGCACUGUUCGCGGCCUUCCUGGUAACAGAGCUUCUCCCUCCCUUCCAGAGGCUUAUCCAACCAGAGGAGAUGUGGCUUUACCGGAAUCCGUAUGUGGAAGCAGAGUAUUUCCCUACCAAGCCAAUGUUUGUCAUCGCGUUUCUUUCUCCGCUGUCUCUGAUCCUCCUGGCCAAAUGUCUCAAGAAGGCAGACACGACAGACAGCAAACAAGCCUGCCUGGCUGCCAGCCUUGCCCUGGCUUUGAAUGGUGUUUUUACUAACAUAAUAAAACUGAUCGUGGGGAGGCCACGGCCCGACUUCUUCUACCGCUGCUUCCCUGACGGGCAGGCCCAUUCUGACCUGAUGUGCACGGGAGACAAAGAUGUGGUGAAUGAGGGCCGUAAGAGCUUCCCGAGUGGACAUUCUUCCUUUGCAUUUGCUGGUCUGGCCUUUGCUUCUUUCUACCUGGCAGGGAAGUUACACUGCUUCACACCACAAGGCCGUGGGAAAUCUUGGAGGCUUUGUGCCUUUCUGUCACCUCUACUUUUUGCAGCUGUGAUUGCACUGUCCCGCACCUGUGAUUACAAGCAUCACUGGCAAGAUGUACUGGUUGGAUCCAUGAUUGGCCUGACAUUUGCCUAUGUCUGCUACAGGCAGUAUUAUCCUCCUCUGACGGACGCAGAAUGCCAUAAACCAUUUCAGAACACACUUGCACUUCCCACUGCACAAAAGAAGCCUGGUGAUCCUUAUCAUUUCGAUAUUUAGAAACUGGAGCUACCUCACUGGAGAAAAGGUGAAUCAGCCCCUCCUACCGUGACUGUGCCCAAGCCAAGAAUUUCUUACCUUUUUACCUCUUAAAUGGUACCAGCGAGGACAUCAGCACUUCAUUCUGCCUCCAAAUGAUUACGCAGUUUUGCGGACACGAAUGUGUCCUGAGGAGCAGCUGCUGCCUCUCUACCGUAUGCCACAUGCCAUGGGAACGGAUCCUUCACUGGUCCUCCAACAGCUUAUGAUUCCUUUCCAUCAGACUGGCACCCCAAGAUCCACAGUGUUUUUACAUUUAAAUUUAAAUGCCCUUCUUGGAAGGAUCUUGGCACAAAGAGGCCUCUACAUAGCCCCACUUUAUCCUAGAAACUAGAGUUAAUUAUCAAAACUUCAUUUCCCAUAGCUCAAAAUUUUAAAAUCUAGGGCAUGACCGACUAAAUCAUUUUGGUUCUGUUUACUUUCUCUGAUGACAGUUCCAUCAAGCCAUAAAUAGGAAAAUGUACAUUUCUGGCUAGUUUACCACUGUUAGGCAUAUCUUACCCAAGUCCAGCCAGAUAAUGCUGUCCAUUUUUAAUACUGGGCAUGAUUUGCUGAGUUACUAAGUAAACACAGUAGAAAAGAAAAUGGUUAGGAGUGUGGUUUCAGUGCUAACACUGACACCUGUUUCUACCUCAUCUGUCCUUACCUGUGCUCGUGAGCCUCUUUCCCUCCCUUCAUGACUGAAGAUCUGCCCAAAUGCCUAAAGCAUUAAAGAAAAAUUACAGAUACCAUUAUCUGGAGGACGGAGGACAAAUGAAUCUUUUUCUGUCCCUUGUUCACAAUGCGCCAUAAGGAACAAUUAUGGGUUAGCAUCAGAAUUGUUGCUAUAGGACCUACAACAUUCUCUUUAUUGAGAUUAUACAUUAAAUAUGACCUUGCCAUAUAGAUUUCCAAUGUAUCGUUUUCCUUCAGUAAGUGAGAUAUGGACAUAAAAUGAUGAAUAUGGGGUUUUUUUGUACUGAAGUACCAUUCGAAAGCUGGAACAUUUCCAAAAUAACACCAUUGGACUCCCCAUCUGACAUAAGUGAUUCAACUACCUAUAGUUGUGGCUGAUGAUUAUAAAUACCAAAGGAUAGUCUCAGUAUUUACCUUAUAACUGUCGUGCUUUAAAUUCUGAAUUAUACCUGCCUAGACAAUGAAAAUACCAAUCAAGGGAAAAUAAAAAUUAGUUCUUUGCCCAAAACUUAUUUUUUAAACUUCUUUUAAUCCAUAAAGGAAGAGAAAAUGGUUUUAUAUUGAUUUUCUUUAUGAUGGAUAAACGAGGUAAAGGUAGGCAAUGGGUCAAUAUGGUUUUAUUUCAGUAUUUACUAGAGUUUUAAAUACAAUCACGUAAAAAAACAGACAUUUCAAAAAGUGCAAAAUUAUUAGAAAGCUAAUCAGUGCUAUUAAUCUUUCCAUGCAAACAAUCUCUUUUGCUUAGAUAAGCAAUACCAAUUCUGCAGUUGGGAAUAUGUAUAAAAUGAUACUCUACCAGAGUUAAAAAAUAGGCUUGGUCAAGAGAUUGUACAUGAUACGACUGAAAUAGUGCAAAUAACAUACAACUAAAUAAAGGAUUUAAAUCAAGCUUAUUACCCUGUGUAAUAUACAACCAUGAUAAUACCACAGGUGAAUAGACAAGAUAUAAAGCUCUUUUACAGUUACCUGCUCCUCACUACCAGGAAAGAAACAUUUCUUAAUAUAAGCAGUGGUUUAUCUAGCUAUCCAAAAUUAUGCUGUUCAUCUUUGGUUACAAGGACUCACUCUUGCUUGUCCUUCGGUUUACUCCAAAAUAGUACCAAGUCUGCUAACAGGAAGAAUGAAUUUAAAUUUGAAGAUGACAACUUAACAAAAGCUUUCCCUUUAAUACAUAUUAAAUGCUACUUAAUUCUCAGUAACCCUUACUUCAAACUCAGAAUUUAUGUAGUAAAGAAAAUAAAGUAUUCCAUAUAUCUGAAACAUCUUUUCAAUAGUCUAUAAGCAGCUGGACAAGGAAAGGCCAGGCUCUGACUUAUACCCCAUCCUUUCCUCUACUAUCUCUGGGGUGACAAUAAAUAACCUUCCCGUUCCUUUUCUCUCCAGAAAGGUAUAAAGACCACUGCUGUCGCAGGGAUAGCAUAAGUGAAUAUUAAAUGCCAGUGCUUUGGGUACCAUGAUACAUUUACAAAAAUAUUUAUAAGAAAUAAAACACAGCUGGCCUGCCUCUGCCACUCUAUAAACAAUGGCCUGUAGGAAUCGGAGAGGAGUGUAUCACAAAGAGAACUGCAAAGACGAGGACCAACUGACCAAUGCGCAAGGAAAUACCUAUAGCACAGGAGUGAGCAGAUGCCUUGGGAACAAUUAGCCUAUAUUCACCUGUCUUUGUCACGGUCCAGCCCACUUUGUAUGUUCUGACACUGACUCUGCAGUAGCUGGUCCUUGGCCCAUAUAGAAUUGUUGGCCAUAGGGUUUUCUUUCAGAAUAAGAAACAUCCCCUGAGCCAAACCUACCUGCUCAACCAACACUGGCGGUGCCGGGAGCCUUUUAAAUAAGCAUUCUGGAUUAUGGGUACCUAAGAAGGCAGUGAUAUUUACAGAGUGUUUUUAAAGAGGACACACAAUACUACUUUCACCCAAGUAGAUAUGACAGGUGACUUACACAAAUUCUAUUUCACCAUAAACACACCACUGACUGAUUUUAUUUAUAAGCUAAGCAGUCUGUCAGGGCUGUGUAAUUAGGUUUGUCAGCCUUUACAGCUUCCCCCUCAAUGUGAGAACAGAAGCUGCUAUCAAACAAUUAAGUCAGACCUCAUCCCAAGUCUCCCAAU